AUGGUCAUCAUCAUGAAGCUCUGGACACCUCAACUCAUGACAUUCCUCUGUAUGGUGUUACCGUCUGUGCUGGGAGUGAUGAAGGAAAAACACAGCCGGAAUGAAAUGUUCCUUGAGGAAUGCUGGGGAGAGCCAAGUGUCACUGAAUGUACCAAGAAGUGUUCUAGAGCCCUUAAAUGUGUAAGCAAAAAUUAUACAUGCUGCUGGACCUAUUGUGGGAACAUCUGCUGGAAAAAUAAAGUGAGUUGGGAGAUGUACUUGGGUGUGGGUCUUUACUGGUUCUCAGAUGCUGUUAUUCAUAAACAGAAGCCUGAGGUUCCUCAAAUCCUAUGCACAAAAAUAGUGGAAGACAAUGUCCCCUAA